CUUCAAUCUAAUUGGCUGCUUCAGACGUCAAUCAUCCAUCUGUCAAAUUGGCUUCAUGCAAACUGUCAACAACAGCGAGUCGAGCGUUCCAAAGCAGCAGUAGCAGUAGCAGCAAAAGACCUUUUUUAUGGCACCGACUGUCCAUCAUUUCUGCAAAUGGAAGAAAGAACUACAGUCGUAUAGCUGGAGCUUUUGCUGAAUAUUCAGCCAAACAAAAUCACAAUCAGCUGAACCAAUACUAGAAAAUAAAAGACAGAGCAACGCUGCAGCCUCUGUCUUCCUUUAUCCCGUCCUUUCUGUCUCGCCACCUUGACCUGCCUCUGCUGUGCAGUCAAAGCAACGGGGUCCUCGUCCCUCGCCAUAGGCCUCGGGCCCUCCCAUCGGCGGCCCGCUCCGGCCGUUUGCUGGUGUCUGAUGGCGCGGUGCGAUGCUAAGGGCAGCAGCGGGAGAUUGUGAUGUCAGAGCCCAACAGCCCAGGCGAGAGCCAGUGUGGCGCUCCCAGAUUCUUCGUGGGCUGCGAGGACGAUGAGAGCGAGGUUCAGGAGGACAGCAUGAGGACAGACAUGGACCUGUAUGAGGACGACGAAGACACGCCCCCGGAGCGACAGAUCGUGGUGGGGAUCUGCUGCAUGAUGAAGAAGUCCAAGUCCAAGCCAAUGACCCAGAUUCUGGAGAGGCUGUGCCGGUUCGAGUACAUCACCGUGGUCAUCUUCCCAGAGGACACCAUCCUCAACGAGCCUGUGGACAAAUGGCCGCUGUGUGACUGCCUCAUCUCCUUCCACUCCAAAGGAUUCCCUCUGGACAAUGCGGUGAGCUACGCCAAACUGAGGAGCCCUCUUCUCAUCAACGACCUGAACAUGCAGUACUAUAUUCAGGACAGGAGAGAAGUGUAUCGGAUCCUACAGGAGGAGGGGAUCGAGCUGCCGCGUUACGCUGUGCUGAACCGCGACCCAGAUAAACCCGAAGAGUGUAACCUGGUGGAAGGGGAGGACCAUGUGGAGGUGAACGGGGAAAUCUUCCAGAAACCUUUUGUGGAGAAGCCCGUUUGUGCCGAGGACCACAACGUCUACAUCUACUACCCCACAUCAGCAGGCGGCGGCAGCCAGAGACUCUUCAGAAAGAUCGGGAGCCGGAGCAGCGUCUACUCUCCAGAGAGCAGCGUGAGGAAGACUGGCUCCUACAUUUACGAAGAGUUCAUGCCGACUGACGGCACGGAUGUUAAGGUGUACACCGUCGGGCCGGACUACGCCCACGCCGAGGCCCGGAAGUCUCCUGCGCUGGACGGGAAGGUGGAGCGCGACAGCGAGGGGAAGGAGGUCCGUUACCCCGUCAUACUGUCGGCCAUGGAGAAACUGGUGGCCAGGAAAGUCUGCUUGGCGUUCAAGCAAACGGUGUGCGGCUUCGACCUGCUCCGAGCCAACGGACACUCCUACGUUUGUGACGUGAACGGUUUCAGCUUCGUCAAGAACUCGAUGAAAUAUUACGACGACUGCGCCAAGAUCCUCGGGAACAUCGUGAUGCGAGAGCUGGCGCCUCAGUUCCAGAUUCCCUGGUCGAUCCCAACGGAGGCAGAGGACAUCCCGAUUGUUCCCACCACUUCAGGGACCAUGAUGGAGCUGCGCAGUGUCAUCGCCGUCAUCCGCCAUGGAGACAGAACACCCAAACAGAAGAUGAAGAUGGAAGUUCGCAACCCCAUGUUCUUUGAUCUGUUUGAAAAAUAUGAUGGAUACAAAACAGGGAAGUUGAAACUCAAGAAGCCGAAACAACUGCAGGAGGUGCUGGACAUCACCCGGCAGCUGCUGAUUGAUCUGGGGCAGCGCAAUGACUGCGAGAUCGAAGAGAAGAAGUCCAAACUGGAGCAGCUGAAGACGGUUUUAGAAAUGUACGGCCACUUCUCUGGGAUCAACAGGAAAGUGCAGCUGACCUACCUGCCCCAUGGGCAGCCGAAAACCUCCAGCGAAGACGAAGACACACGUAGGGAAGGCCAGUCCCUGCUGCUGGUGCUGAAGUGGGGAGGAGAGCUGACUCCUGCUGGCCGGGUGCAGGCGGAGGAGCUGGGCAGAGCCUUUCGCUGCAUGUACCCUGGAGGUCAAGGAGACUAUGCUGGAUUUCCGGGAUGCGGGUUGCUACGGUUACACAGCACCUACAGACACGACCUGAAGAUCUACGCGUCGGACGAAGGCCGGGUGCAGAUGACGGCGGCUUCCUUCGCUAAGGGCCUGCUGGCUCUGGAGGGGGAGCUGACGCCCAUCUUGGUGCAGAUGGUGAAGAGCGCCAACAUGAACGGGCUGCUGGACAACGACAGCGACUCGCUGAGCAGCUGCCAGCACCGGGUCAAGGCCCGGCUGCACGAGAUCCUGCAGCGGGACCGCGAGUUCAACGACGAGGACUACGACCGGCUGGCACCGACCUGCGCUACUUCUCUUUUGAAUUCAAUGAAAUUGGUGAAGAACCCGGUGACCACAUGUGAUCAGGUCUACACGCUCAUUCAGAGCCUCACCUCUCAGAUCCGCACCAGAAUGGAGGACCCAAAGUCUGCCGACCUGCAGCUGUACCACAGCGAGACUCUGGAGCUGAUGCUGCAGCGCUGGGGCAAGCUGGAGAAGGAUUUCCGCAUGAAGAACGGCCGCUACGACAUCAGCAAGAUCCCCGACAUCUACGACUGCGUGAAGUACGACGUCAUUCACAACGCCACGCUCGGCCUGAAGGACACGCUGGAGCUGUUCCGGCUGUCCAGAACGCUGGCCGACAUCGUCAUCCCGCAGGAGUACGGCAUAAAUAAAGAUGAGAAGCUGGACAUAGCUUACGCUUACUGCCUCCCUCUGGUCAGGAAGAUCCAGCUUGACCUGCAGAGGACGCACGGAGACGAGUUCGUCAACAAGCUUCAUCCUCUGUAUUCUCGUGGCGUUAUGUCACCCGGCCGUCAUGUCAGGACUCGGUUAUAUUUCACCAGUGAGAGCCACGUCCACUCCCUGCUCAGCAUUUUCCGAUACGGAGGCCUGCUCAACGAGGAGAAGGACCAGCAGUGGAAACGCGCCAUGGAUUACCUCAAUGAGGUCUCCGAACUCAACUACAUGACGCAGAUUGUCAUCAUGCUCUACGAAGACAACAAUAAGGACAUUUCCUCUGAGGAGCGGUUCCACGUGGAGCUCCACUUCAGCCCCGGCGUUAAGGGCGUGGAAGAGGACGAGCACGCGCCGCACGGAUUCGGCUUCAGACCCGCCUCAUCAGAGGUGAUGCGACAGAACGGGCAGAACGGGCAGAAAAAGGAGGAGCGCGGCAGUCUGGACGACCUGUCGCGAGACGAAACGGACCGCGCCGUUCCCGCGUCGGAGCCCAUCACCAUUCAGAAGCGGUCGCCGCUCAUUCGCAACCACAAAACCGGAUCAAUGGAGGUCCUCUCAGAAACCUCCUCCUCUAAAGUCGGCAACUACCGUCUCUUCUCCAUCUCACGUCAGUCUCCAGAGAUGAAACAAAGCGGCUUGGGCUCUCAGUGCGCCGGACUCUUCAGCACCACCGUCCUCGGUGGCUCCUCUAGCGCCCCUAACCUGCAGGACUACGCACGUGCACACCGCAAAAAAUACUCCACCACCAGUCUGUCCUACAAAGACGAACAAAGUAGAAGAGAUGAGGCCAGGAGAAUUGAGAGGGGAAAGAAACAGGGAGCAGCAAUAGAACAGAGGAGGAGAGAGCAGGUCAGGAGGGUUGACAGAGGAAAGAAACUUGACUCAGCAACAGAACUCGGUAAAAGAGAGGUGGCCAAGAAAAGUGAGAAGGAUAAAAAAGAUGAUGCAGAACAGAGUGGAAAAGAGGAGACUAGGAAAAGUGAGAAACGUGAAAAACGUGAGAAAAGAGAGAAAAGUGAGGAGGAUAAAAAAGAGGAAUCAGAACUGAGUGGAAAAGAGGAGGCCAAGAAAAGUGAGAAACGUGAGAAAAGAGUGAAGGAUAAAAAAGAGGAAUCAGUAGAACUCAGUAAAAGAGAGGCGGCCAAGAAACGUGAGAAAAGUAAAACGGAGGAAUCAGAACAGAGUGGAAGAGAGGAGACUAAGAAAAGUGAGAAAAGUGAGAAAAGUGAGAAGGAUAAAACAGAGGAGCCAGGGCAGAAUGGAAAAGAGGAGGCAGAAAAAGAAAGUGAAAAGAAAGAGGACUCAGAUGAUGGAAAGACUGAAGAUGAAAAUAGAAAGAAAGAGAGUGCAACAGAAGAUGAAGAUCCUGAGUUGUUGUCUAUGCCGGCAGUAAAGCGAUUUUCUGUGUCGUUUGCAAAGCAUCCGACUAAUGGGACACAAGACGACUCGUCCACCGUCGCAUCGUCUGCGUCCCGCUUGUGCCGUUGGACAGAGCCCGUGGAGGAACAUCAUGUGGCCCAGUUGUUGAGGUUUUUAUCCACCGACCUCAGCUCGGGCCGCCGCCAGCUCUCUCUGGACCACGCUCUGGCCCACCACCUCCACCAGUGCUCCUACCACCUGCGCCUCUUCCGAAACUGGCUCAUCUCCGGCCAGGACCCCCUAGAGUGCCUCCACGGUUUCGAUGGAUGCUCCAUGGUGCCCUCCAUCUACCCGCUGGAGACGCUGCACAACUCGCUGUCGCUCAGGCAGGUCAACGAGUUCCUCACCAGCGUCUGCGAGAGCGCCGGGUAUACGCACACCAGGAGCUCCAGAGCUCUGUCGGCCAUGUUGGGCGCUCACAAUCAGCCGUCGGUGGACGCUUACAUCCCUCAGAGGGUCCUGUCGACCUCCAUGUCGCUCAGAUCUCGCUCUGACAAACCGCCGUGGUACAGCAGCGGUCCGUCCAGCACGGUUUCCAGCGCCGGCCCGUCCUCCCCCACCACGGCCGACACUUCGCCGCGGUUCAGCUUCAGCGACAAGGUGUCGCUCACCCCGCAGAGCAGCGAGGAAACCCACUCCUCCCAGAACGCCUCCGCCCAGCCGCUGCCCGCCGAAGUCCCACUGACUCCAAACAACUCCCCAGAGGAAAAACCCGAACCCGACAAGCAGCCCGACGACCCAGAGCCGGCGGCGGACAGACAGGAGGCGCCCUGCGGCGCUCCAGAGCCGGUCCCGGAGGAGAGGCCGGCCUCCGUGGCGCUGGCGGAGCUGAGUCUGGGCCGCAUGGAGGGCUACUGCCUGCCCGGGUCGCUGCCGGUGCUGCUGGAGCUCAGGGAGAGCAGCAGCGAGGCCGGGUCCAGCUCGCAGACGCCCCAGUCCCCUGAGGGGCCCGACGAGUUCUUCGACACGCAGGAGUCCGUGGAGCUGUGGACGGACAGUCCCGAAGACGCCCCGCAGCCCGACAGCGCCCAGGACCCAGAGCCAGCUCAGCCGGUGGAGCAGUGAACUGGCCGGUCCCGUCCGAGCGGGUUUUAAAAUCUGUGCUCAUCUGUUCCUCACUGACAGCAGCCAUUGGGUGAAAAAGCAGCCAGAGGAGAGCAGAGAGUCUUAAUGACUGGGAGGAUAUAAUAAAUACUACAUUUAAAUUUUGGGGGGAAUUAGAGACGCUUGUAUGUGAUCAGCUGAGCAGAUCUCUGAGAUUCAGCAUUUUACUGCCGUCGCCUGUCCUACACUGCAAAAACACAAAAUACUGAAUAUUCUUGGUUGAGUUUCUAAUGCAAACAUCUUAAUACUUGAAAUGGGAAAAAACUAAUUUACAAACAACUUUUCAGCAAGAAAUAAGAUGUUUUAGGUAAAAGUUUCUUAAUAUUGAUCUUAAAAAGUACUACUACAAUAAUACAACAAAACACUUACAUUAUUUCACUUACAACAAAACAUUUUCCCAUGUCGUCAGUUAAAUAAUCUGCCAGAGGAACUAGCGCCUUUUUUGUCAACAUUAAGGAAUUAUUGACUUAAACAAACUGCUAUACUUUGCUGGAAAUGUGCUUGUAAGUUAGUUUUAUAUUGAUAUUUGGUCUGGAAAGUUGACCAAAAGUACUUGGUGAUAUUUAGUGUUUUUGCAGUGAAUUGUCACUGAGUUUUGUUUUUCGUCAGAGUUGCUGAGAUUGUUUGUAAUCUGUGUGAACUCUGAACAUCCUCAGUGCUAAAGGGGUUUUCUCAGUGUGCACCGCUGAUCGCCAAAGUCCUGAACCCUCAGUGAAGAUUUAAUUUAGAGAAAAACACAGAGAUUUAUUUUAGAAAAGAAAAAAUGUAUUUUUAAGAACCUGCACAUUAGAUAUUUAACUGUAUAGCGUGUUCAUGGCUCUGGGUGUGUGUAUAUUUUUGCUAAAAACACAUUCAAGCCUCAUUUUAUCACUGAAUAAAAAGGAGGGCAUUUUCCAUUCAUUGUGCUUUUUAUUGUGAGCAGCGAUGUAGCACCAGGAGGCAUGCUAGCUUCCACAGCGCUGUGUGCUGUCAUGGUACGUUUUGAUGAACUGUAGAAAAUAAAUAAAUACAAACUGUGAGUCUGUGAUUUUACUGUAUGUACAGAUAAAACACGACAUCAAUAUGUUUGGUGUCAAGUUUCUGUUCAGUUGACUCAAAUAAACCUUUUGGACUUGUC